CGCGCCCCCCGCGUGCCCGGCCGGGGCCUCGCGGGCCGCCCGGGCUGAAGACGCGCCCGGCGGGGACGGACAUGGGCACCUGCCCCCUCCUGCGGCAGCGCGCUCGCCCGGCGCGACGAUAACCAGUUCAGGAUGUCUAUUCUGGAGCGACUGGAGCAGAUGGAAAGGAGGAUGGCUGAGAUGACUGGAACCCAGCAGCACAAGCAGAGUGGGGGGAACAGCAGUGGCAAUGGAGGGGGCCAAGCACAGUGCAUCUCUGAGGCCGCCACCUUGGGCAGCUGCUUCGAGAGCCGCGUGGUGGUCGUGUGCGAGAAGAUGAUGAGCCGAGCCUGCUGGGCCAAGUCCAAGCACCUCAUCCACUCCAAGACGUUCAGGGGAAUGACCCUCCUGCACCUCGCAGCGGCCCAGGGCUAUGCUACCCUCAUCCAGACUCUCCUCAAAUGGCGCACCAAACACGCCGACAGCAUUGAUCUGGAGCUGGAAGUUGACCCGCUGAACGUUGACCACUUCUCCUGCACUCCACUGAUGUGGGCAUGUGCUUUGGGUCACAUGGACGCAGCUGUGGUCCUGUACAAGUGGGACCGCCGGGCCAUCUCCAUCCCUGACUCGCUCGGGAGGCUGCCUUUGACCAUCGCCCGCUCCCGCGGCCACGUGAAGCUGGCCGAAUGCCUUGAGCAGCUGCAGCGGGAAGAGCAGGCGCAACUCAGGCCGGCCCCUCGGAUCCCCUGCCCUACACGGGAAGAGCCCAGUGGUGAGAACUGGACGGCCCAGUGGCCCAGCAAAAUAAUCGCCUCUCAGGACCAGCAAAAGGGAAUCACCGUGAUUCCCAAUUCUAAUACAGAACUGAGACGGCCUCGGUCCGAACCCUCCAGUUACUACAGCAGUGAGAGCCAGAAGGAUUACCCAGCACCCAAAAAACACAAACUGAAUCCUGAAUACUUCUCUACUCGGCGGGAGAAGCUUCUCUCCACUGCCCUGAGCCUGGAGCAGCCGAGCGCCCGGAAGCUGGGCUCCAGCACUCAGCCCCCUCUCCCCGAGACAAUCAGCCCCAGGCACGGGGGGCAGGACUAUGCCCGGGAGCUCCUCCCCGAUCUGGCUGGCUACCGCAGCCCCAGCAGGGUCAAGUGGAGGCCGAAGGAGCCGUACCUGGGCAUGUCGGCGGUGCAGGUGGCCGGCGGCCCUAAGGGGGUGGCUCUGGGGAAGGACUCAGGAGCCCAGCGGUUGCAUCAGCGGGAGCAGAUGAGCAUGCUGAUGAUGGCAGACAGGGACGUGGCGGAAGUGGAGCUGCUCUCCUUCCGGGACGGUGCAGAGAGUGAAGACUGCUUGCACCACAUGGAUGAUCUGCAGGUGACCAUGAUGACUCUAGCAGAGCACAUCAUCGAAGCCACCCCAGAGAGGAUCAAACAGGAGAACUUCGUGCCGGCAGAGGAGGCGUCCCAAGCGGAGAGGACAGACAGUGCCGCUAUCAGCACCUCGAUGAGCUGGCUGGCCAGUUACCUUGCAGAUGUGGACCACUUGCCCAGCGCUGCUCAGAUAAGGAGUCUGUAUGGUGGAGCCCUGACCUCUUCCUCCCAGACCAGCUUAAGCCCUACAAGCUCGCCAGUCAAUGAGAUGGCUUUUGAGAAGCCCAGCCUGCCCUCGGCAACAGACUGGUCAGAAUUCCUAAGCGCCUCCGCCAGUGAGAAGGUGGAAAACGAGUUUGCACAGCUGACACUCUCUGACCAUGAGCAAAGAGAGCUCUACGAAGCUGCCAAGCUGGUCCAGACAGUCUUCAGGAAAUACAAGGGACGUCCCCUCCGGGAACAACAGGAAGUGGCUGCAGCUGUCAUUCAGCGUUGUUACCGGAAAUACAAGCAGCUUACUUGGAUAGCCUUGAAGUAUGCACUUUAUAAAAAGAUGAUCCAAGCUGCCAUCCUUAUCCAGAGUAAAUUCCGAAGCUAUUACGAGCAGAAGAAAUUCCAGCAGAGUCGAAGAGCGGCUGUCCUCAUCCAGCAAUUCUAUCGCAGCUACAAAGAAUUCGGCAAGAGGAGGCAAAGUCGCAGGACAGCUGCCCUUGUGCAGCAGAAGCUCAGGAGCAGCCUGCUCACCAAGAAACAGGACCAAGCUGCUCGCAAGAUCAUGCGGUUCUUGAGACGCUGCCGCCACAGCCCUCGGGUGGACCAUAGACGGUACAAAAGGAGCGAAAGACUCGAAAAAGGAACUUGAAGGGCGAGACCACGGCAACGACGGCAUCCCCUAGGAGUGCGGAGCUGUUGUGUUUCAGACUGUUUUCAUCUUCUGUUUUUAGCAGAAACAUGCAACAACAAUUUCAAAAAUGAUUUGAUUAUUUAAAAAAAAAAACUGACUGCUGCACCGAGAAUAUCGGCUGUAGGAUUUUAAUGGUAAUGUUUAGUCAUUACAUUUGCACUUUCAUGGACAAUUUUUAAUUUGUUCAGCAAGACAUCUUGGAACUCAAAUCUUUGGUUGGAUCAUUGGGGCGGGCGGGGGGAGAGCGACACCCGGAAGGAGUUUUCAUGAGUUGCUUCAUUCCUCUCCAAGCCGAGCAAAAAGAAGCAAUCGAUUACCAUUUUCAUAUAGGGCUGCAUUAAAAGAAAACAAAAACCAAUGUGUGGAACUGUACAAAUGUUAUACCAAAAAAAGCGCGAAACCCCCACAAAUCCGAGAACGGCAUUUCCGCACCCGUCAGCCAUCUCCGAGACCCGGACACGUUGGGACUCUCCGUGGAAACGCUCC